AUGCGAGAGAUCGUUGUAAUAUGCGAGGGUCUUGAUAGGGCUGAUGGUUCCGCACGUUUCGCCUUCGGACUUACAAAAUGCCUUGCAUCUGUCUCAGGUCCGAUCGAAGUCCGCCCUCAAAAUGAGCUCCCCACCCAGGCGGCAUUCGAGGUUAUCGUACGGCCUCUUUCCGGAGUUGCUGGCACUCGCGCGAAAUCAAUUGGAACUACAUUACAGUUUCUUCUCGCCCCUUCUAUCAUUCUCACCGCGCAUCCGCGCACUCUCCUACAACUCGUUGUACAGGCUCUGAACGAGGACUCGCCACCUACUCCCUCCCUUUGCCGGAUGACCUUUCUUCCCGAUACGAUGUCUGGCUUAGCUGCUAUGAUCAAUGCAUCCACAAUUGCGCUCUUAAAUGCUGGAUCGAUACAGAUGCGCGGAGUGGUAUGCGCUGUGGCCGUUGGCGUGGACACGUCCGGGAGUCUUCUCGUAGAUCCUGCUCCAAGCGAAUUGCCACACCUCGCUGCCUGCGGUUGUUUCGCCUUUAUUAUACGCGCAACUUCAGCUUCGACGGAACGGCAUCUGCAAUGCGAACCUGUAUGGACGAACUGGCAAACGCGUACAAGCUCCUCUGCCGUACACCCCAACGCGCUCGCACGGGCGAGAGAAGCUGCUGAGAAGGCUUCGCUGACCGUAUGGGAGCAUCUCAAAUCGAGCAUGGCGCGUUCCGAACCACGUUCAACCAAGCAAGCUGUCAUCGAUCAGGAGCGUCUUGACGAGUCGGCAAGUGAAAGCAAGAGCGUGGACCAGGACCAAGGGGCAAGUAGUGAAGACGACGAUGUGGAAGAAUGAUGAUCAUGCUCGAACGGCUCGCACGGGCUGCAUCGCUCAUCUAUGUCGGUCGUGCAACAUCGGCAUCGUGGACGCUUACCCGCCGCAGGGAAUACCACCGGGAUGCGCGGGGCUAUGGCCCUUCGUCGGUCUAUCGCCACGAAACUCGCCGUGCCCGGAGUCAGGAGGUCGCGGUUUACUGUUGAGUGCGCUUACGCCAAUGCUAGCUCAGGAGGAUGGCAACAUUUCUUUCGCGAUCUAAUCUCUGUAUCUGAUAUGAAAUCAGGAACCACAUACUACUUGUCGCGUUAAAACUGUUUUAGCACGUCUGGCUGCGAAACCGUUGUUCAAUCCGUGAUCAUAAUAAUACAAAGGUGUAAUCCC